AUGGAAGCUAUGCAACAACAAGUUUUGAACCUAACACAGCCUUCAACAGUUACAGACUUGCCUUCUGAGCUCACGAAAUUAAUAAAAUGUAUUGAGCAAUUAACGAAAAUAGUUGGUGCGAGACCAAGGAAUUCAAGAUCUCGUUCUCAAGGCCCUCCUCAACCUCACUCCAGAUCUUCUUUUGGUACCAAACUGUGUUGGUAUCAUAGAAGGUUUUCCGAAAAGGCCAGUAAAUGUAUUGCUCCAUGCUCUUGGACCGCUGGGAACAAACAGGGAAACGGACAGAGCAAUCAGUAG